UCUGCUCUUCUGCUGCACUCGGCGAAAAUUUCAUUUCGGGUAACUUAACUUAUUACAUUUUUCUGAGAGUGAAAACUGAAGAAUGUGUUAUAAUGCAAAGCCUAUUUGUUUCACUGUCGUCUGAGUAAAUUGUGUUACAGGUCUGUUCUGCCCACUCAAAUUUUGAAACAAAACCAUGGCAGCAGCUAUUGGAAGGACAUGCCAUAAUAUAACCAAAUCACUUGUAUUUAAUGCUUUGUGUAAUAGUCCAAGUACAUUGAAGAUAACUAGACGAUGUAAUUCAGUUUUCAAAACACCUUUCUUCCAGUGCAGCCGCAGUUCCCCCAUAAAAUAUUUUAAAUACUUACCUGUUGGCUGCUCAUCAUUAUACCGACACUAUGCCACAGAUAAAAUAGACCCGCAGAAGAUUCUUGAAACGGCUUUUCCACCACCUAAGGAGAGUGUCGGAUCAAAUCCAAACAAAGACCAGCGGGAGAAGAAUGAAGAAGACGAAGAAGAACUUCGAAAACGUGAACAGUCAUGGCGCACAAUGAAGCUGUCACUGAUUGCUAUGGGCAGUUCAAUCGUGCUUUUGGGUGGAUACAUCAUUAUUUCUUUUGGAGCGCCUCUGCAGAAUGAAGACGGUUCCUUCGAAGAAGACGAGUUCUCCAGAUUACCUACUGUCUCACAGUAUCUCAAGAGGGCUUACAGAAACUCAAGUCUUUAUUUAAAGAUGAUACAAGAACCGUCACGCAAGAAGCUACUUCCAGAUCCUGUAACAUACCCGUACAUUCAGCCACCCUACACACUAGUACUAGAGAUGACGGACCUUCUAGUGCACCCAGAGUGGACCUACAGUACCGGGUGGAGGUUUAAGAAGAGACCCGGGGUGGACCAGUUCUUGGAACAAGUCGCACCUCCCUUGUUUGAAACUGUAAUAUACACUGCAGAACCAGGAAUGAUUGCCUUCCCCAUCCUUGCAACGCUAGACUCCAAGGGCAGCAUCAUGUACCGUUUGUUCAGAGACGCGACGGAUUACAUUGACGGACAUCAUGUCAAGAACUUGGACUGCCUCAACAGAGACCUUAAAAGGGUUAUAGUGGUAGACUGGAAUCCAGACUCGGUGAAGCUACAUCGAGCCAACACCCUCCUAAUUCCUCAGUGGAAGGGUGAUGUCGACGACACUUCACUUAUAGAACUUGCGGCUUUCCUCAGAACGAUCGCUGACAACCAGGUAGACGAUGUGAGAGACGUUUUGUUGCAUUACAGUCAGUAUGAUGAUCCGUUAGAGACAUUCAAGGAGCGACAGAUCAAACUCUUGGAGGAAAGUAAAAAAUUAGAAGAAGCGAGGAAAAAGGAACCAUCAAAAUUUCCUUGGAAGCCAAAAAGUUUUUAAAUAACACUGCCUACUUAUGCUUGUCUGCCUGUCAACUAGUCUGUAAAUAGUACAGUGCAAUGAGUUUUGUUAAGACUGUUCCAUUACACAAUAUGUUCUGUUCCUUCGAUGGCUUUAUCACCUUAGACCUUUUGCAUUUACUGUGGUUUUGGCUGAUGUGUUCAUUGUGGAAGUAUCGACAGAAGUGAUUUGGACCAAACAAAUGUUAAAAACUGUACUCAAUUUGGAGUUCUGAAGCGCCAGAACCUGUUUGAAGAUAUUGUUACACUAAUGUUAAGUGCAGUGUUAUUUGUGUUAAAUAUUUAGUUAAAUA